AUGCCAGGUGUUUGUCGACAGCUGGGCUGUGGCGGGGCUUUGGAAGCAAAAAAUGGGUCAUAUUUUGGACUGGGCUCUGGACCAAUUUUGUUAGAUGACCUUCGGUGUUCAGGGAACGAGACAUCACUGAAGGACUGUGUUCAUUCGGGCAUAGGAGCCCACAACUGUGUUCACCAAGAAGAUGCUGGUGUCCUUUGUGCAGGAUCUUCCCUGACAACCGGACCUACUCCACCACCAACAAGUCCUCCAGUGAGGCUGGCCUGCUCCAACAGCACCUGCUCCGGCCGAGUGGAGAUCUUUCACAAUGGCCAGUGGGGGACAGUGUGUGACGACAGUUGGGAUCUAAACGAUGCUCAGGUGGUUUGUCAACAGCUGGGCUGUGGCGGGGCUUUGGAAGCAAAAAGUGAGUCAAAUUUUGGACUGGGCUCUGGACCAAUUUGGUUAGAUGAGCUUCGGUGUUCAGGGAAUGAGACAUCACUGAAGGACUGUGUUCAUUCGGGCAUAGGAGCCCACGACUGUGUUCACCAAGAAGAUGCUGGUGUCCUUUGUGCAGGAUCUGGGAUAAGAGUUGAACCUACUCCACCACCACCAAGUCCUCCAGUGAGGCUGGCUGGCUCCAACAGCACCUGCUCCGGCCGAGUGGAGAUCUUUCACAACGGCCAGUGGGGGACAGUGUGUGACGACAGCUGGGAUCUGAACGAUGCUCAGGUGGUUUGUCGACAGCUGGGCUGUGGCGGGGCUUUGGAAGCAAAAAAUGGGUCAUAUUUUGGACUGGGCUCUGGACCAAUUUUGUUAGAUGACCUUCGGUGUUCAGGGAACGAGACAUCACUGAAGGACUGUGUUCAUUCGGGCAUAGGAUCCCACAACUGUGUUCACCAAAAAGAUGCUGGUGUCCUUUGUGCAGGAUCUUCCCUGACAACCGGACCUACUCCACUACCAACAAGUCCUCCAGUGAGGCUGGCCGGCUCCAACAGCACCUGCUCCGGCCGAGUGGAGAUCUUUCUCAAUGGCCAGUGGGGGACAGUGUGUGACGACAGUUGGGAUCUAAACGAUGCUCAGGUGGUUUGUCAACAGCUGGGCUGUGGCGGGGCUUUGGAAGCAAAAAGUGAGUCAUAUUUUGGACUGGGCUCUGGACCAAUUUGGUUAGAUGACCUUCGGUGUUCAGGGAAUGAGACAUCACUGAAGGACUGUGUUCAUUCGGGCAUAGGAGCCCACGACUGUGUUCACCAAGAAGAUGCUGGUGUCCUUUGUGCAGGAUCUGGGAUAAGAGUUGAACCUACUCCACCACCACCAAGUCCUCCAGUGAGGCUGGCUGGCUCCAACAGCACCUGCUCCGGCCGAGUGGAGAUCUUUCACAACGGCCAGUGGGGGACAGUGUGUGACGACAGCUGGGAUCUGAACGAUGCUCAGGUGGUUUGUCGACAGCUGGGCUGUGGCGGGGCUUUGGAAGCAAAAAAUGGGUCAUAUUUUGGACUGGGCUCUGGACCAAUUUUGUUAGAUGACCUUCGGUGUUCAGGGAACGAGACAUCACUGAAGGACUGUGUUCAUUCGGGCAUAGGAUCCCACAACUGUGUUCACCAAAAAGAUGCUGGUGUCCUUUGUGCAGGAUCUUCCCUGACAACCGGACCUACUCCACUACCAACAAGUCCUCCAGUGAGGCUGGCCGGCUCCAACAGCACCUGCUCCGGCCGAGUGGAGAUCUUUCUCAAUGGCCAGUGGGGGACAGUGUGUGACGACAGUUGGGAUCUGAACGAUGCUCAGGUGGUUUGUCAACAGCUGGGCUGUGGCGGGGCUUUGGAAGCAAACAGUGAGUCAUAUUUUGGACUGGGCUCUGGACCAAUUUGGUUAGAUGACCUUCGGUGUUCAGGGAACGAGACAUCACUGAAGGACUGUGUUCAUUCGGGCAUAGGAUCCCACGACUGUGUUCACCAAGAAGAUGCUGGUGUCAUUUGUGCAGGAUCUGGGAUAAGAGUUGAACCUACUCCACCACCACCAAGUCCUCCAGUGAGGCUGGCUGGCUCCAACAGCACCUGCUCCGGCCGAGUGGAGAUCUUUCACAACGGCCAGUGGGGGACAGUUUGUGACGACAGUUGGGAUCUGAACGAUGCUCAGGUGGUUUGUCGACAGCUGGGCUGUGGCGGGGCUUUGGAAGCAAAAAAUGGGUCAUAUUUUGGACUGGGCUCUGGACCAAUUUUGUUAGAUGACCUUCGGUGUUCAGGGAACGAGACAUCACUGAAGGACUGUGUUCAUUCGGGCAUAGGAUCCCACAACUGUGUUCACCAAAAAGAUGCUGGUGUCCUUUGUGCAGAAAGACCACCUCUAAUCCAGGCUGCCCAGCUUUUUUGCUCCAGAAACUACAUUCAAGUUGGGGUGAAACUGACAAGCCUGGAGGCAGCUGGUCUGCAACCUUUCUCUGGUCACAUGGCAGCCCCUCACUGUUCUGGCAUCAGUGUGCAUGACUCCGCUGUUUGGUAUCAAUUGCCACGUCAGACUGGCUACUGUGGAACUGUAAUGAGGACCAACAACACCCACGCCAUCUACUCCAAUAACUUAUUUUUCCACCCUCCAAGUAACGGCUCCCUGGUUUUACCUCAGAUUAUUCCAUUUUCCUGCGCAUAUCCCUUGGAAAACAAUAUCAGUCUGAAUGCUGCAAUCAGACCAGAGCUCAAUGGCGGUGGCCUCAUUGGCUCAGGAAACAGAGCCACAGCCUACAUGAGUGUAUUCCACGACUCCCACUUUUCAUACAGUUACCCAGGGGGCCUGGUCACCCUGCGGAUGGGCUCACCCUUGUAUGUGCAAGUAUCUGUGUCUGAGAUUGAUCCAAACCUAGCUGUUGUUCUGGAGGACUGCUAUAAAACUAACUCCUCAAACCCCGAAGACCCCAUGCGAUACUAUCUCAUUCAUUCCGGGUGUCCUACUGACCAUGGCCAUGUGUCUAUGGUGGAGAACGGCCAGUCUCUCCAUGCCCGUUUCUCUGCCCUGCUGUUUCCUCUACACGGUGGAAACCCAUACGUCUUCCUUCACUGCACCCUACGUCUGUGCGACAAGAGGAACCGAAACUGUGAACCAUCCUGCAGAAGAAGGACAUAUCGCUCUGUUGACAACACCAAUCAGCUCCAUCCCGUCACCAUUGGACCAAUCAAGUUGGAGUAAAAUAUAAUUUGGUAACGUGGAAGAUAUAAACUGCAGUUACAAUUCCUUUUGAUUUUUAAUGUUGAUUGAGUGAGUCCUUAAACACAAUUUGAUGAGGUCUUUAUUCUGAUGUAUGAUUUCAAUCUUAUUUAAUCUCAUGUAGAAGUUGUAUUUACUGAUUAUAACAUCAGUAGUUGUAUACCCUGCUUUUGAUUUAAUCACUUGUUCGUAGAGAAUGACAAGACACACCUUCUGCAUGUCUGUUAGCAGUGAGUUUACUUACACAGAAUUGCAAGGCAUGACAAGUUUAUCUAUAAAGCACCUUUCAACACAAGGCAAUUAAAAGUGCUUUACAAAAAUCAAAGACAUAAAGAGCAUUAAGAAAUAGUGCAGCAUAAAUUAUAAAAAGGCAUUGUGGUUGUACAACAAUAUAAUCAUUUAACUCCACCUUUGAUUCUUUUGAGUUAUGUUCUAAUGACCUGAUUGUUAAGGGAACUCAAGUACGACACACCCUCUGAUUAGAUACCGGUGAUGCAUGUAGGCUAUGAUUAGUGAUUGUUUUGUCUGAGCUCAUCAACAACAAGAUGUUCAUGUCUUACCUGUAAUUGUAUUUUUCUGUAAAGAAUUUCUGAACACAUUUAAUCCCAAUAAAGAAUUUUUUGAGCUGGUCCACACAAUAUAGCCACAUGUUAUACUUAAAUCAACCUCCCAGUGUUUCGUCAUUAAAUUAAGAACGAAAGAGUGAAUAAAUAAAUCAACGAACAAAUAAAGAAAAUCCUGCACACUGCUGUUGGAAAACACUACACACACUUUAAUUUAACCAACAUUUAUGCUCAUAAUUAUAAUUAUCCACCCUUUAUUAUGCAGAGAGAAGCCUGCCCUGAGCUGUAAUCCCUGUUGUAUGUUAAUAAAUACUAACAUUGUUCAUGUAUAAACGAAUCAUGGAUACACAUUA